AUAAGAAGGCCGUGUCUUCACUCUCACUUCAAAACCCUACCCCUCCUAAAUUUUCCUCCCAAUUCUCAUCAUCUCCAUCAAGCUUGUGUGUGAUGGAGAAGCAGCCGAAGAAGAAAGGUAUGGGACGCCGUAAGAUCGAAAUCCGGAAAAUAGAAAAGAAAAGUCGUUUAAUGACUUCCUUCUCCAAGCGCAGGGGCGGCCUGUUCAAAAAAGCGGCUGAAUUGAGCACCUUGUGCGGUGCCAAUGUUGCCGUGAUCGUCAAGUGCCCUGCCGCAGAGAAGAUUCAUGCCUUUGGAACCCCGUCCGUCGAUGCCGUCCUCAACCGCUUCCUCUCCCAAAAUCCUCCUGAAGAAAAAGUGUUGGAAGAGUGUGAAAGGAAUUGGUGGGACGUGGAGAUUGAUGAACUAGGGUUGAAUGAGCUUGAGGACUACAAGACUGCAUUGGAAGUGCUGAGGAACAACGUGGUGGCUCGAGCCGACGAGAUGGCCAUGGCGAGUGCGAGUGCGAGUGCGAGUGCGAGUGCGAGUGCGAGUGCUUGUUCGUCUAAUUUGAUGGAGUCCGAUCUUUUUGAAGAUAUUCCAGAAUUAGACUUCACCGACUUCGACUUUGAUUUUGAUUUUGAUUUUACUAGUGAGUUUAUUAAUGAACAUCAAAAUUAAACUAGGGUUUUUUGUUCAAUAAUUACAGUAUUAAGGUUUGUGUAUAGAGUACAGUAUGUGAUUGAUUUUGAUGUAUUAAUUGAUCGAUUUGUAUAAAAUGCUAUAAUCAAGGGAGUUUAGUCUUCUGUUUAA